GGCCGCCUUCUCCGUCCCGGCUGCGGCCCCUGCCGGUUACAUAACCCGUCGCGUGGGGUAGGGGGGCCCGCAGUUCUACGUCCGGCUUCCCGUCUCCCCCAGGAUGUGCUGAGCCCCGCGACGCCGUCCGCUGCUGCCGGCUCCCGUCCGAGGUGUGAAUGACAGAGGUGGUGCCUUCCAGUGCCCUCAGCGAGGUCAGCCUGCGUCUCCUCUGCCACGAUGACAUAGACACUGUGAAGCACCUGUGUGGCGACUGGUUCCCCAUUGAGUACCCAGACUCAUGGUAUCGUGAUAUCACAUCCAACAAGAAGUUCUUCUCUCUUGCUGCAACCUACAGAGGUGCCAUCGUGGGAAUGAUAGUAGCUGAAAUAAAGAAUAGGACCAAAAUACAUAAAGAGGAUGGAGAUAUUCUAGCCUCCAGCUUCUCUGUGGAUACACAAGUUGCAUACAUUCUAAGUCUGGGAGUGGUGAAAGAAUUCAGAAAGCACGGCAUAGGUUCCCUGUUACUAGAAAGUUUAAAGGAUCAUAUUUCAACCACUGCCCAGGACCACUGCAAAGCCAUCUACCUGCAUGUGCUCACCACCAACAACACAGCAAUAAACUUCUAUGAAAACAGAGACUUUAAGCAGCAUCACUAUCUGCCCUACUACUACUCCAUUCGAGGGGUCCUCAAAGAUGGCUUCACCUAUGUCCUCUACAUCAAUGGCGGCCACCCUCCCUGGACCAUCUUAGACUACAUCCAGCACCUGGGCUCAACACUAGCCAACCUGAGUCCCUGCUCCAUCCCACACAGGAUCUACCGCCAGGCCCACAGCCUGCUCUGCAGCUUUCUGCCAUGGUCCAGCAUCUCCACCAAAGGUGGCAUCGAAUACAGCCGUACCAUGUGAUGCCAUUGGGGCAGCCUCCCCCAGGCCUCUGUCCUCAGCACUUUGUGGAGCCUAUUUUCCUGUCUGUCUGACUUCUGCUGUCUUUUGCAAGGAGCUGGUAGCCACCUGCCGGCCCAUCAGCCUGCCCCAGGUGCAGGCCCGGUGCUAUGCUGGCUCAGGAGCAGAGUGGAUGCCUGGUCUUCAACAGGCUCUCCUUCCUGCUUCUGGAAACUUCUCCUUCCUCCAGGAGUCUCUGUCCUGCCUCCAUGCACUGGCACCAUCCCAAUGGCCUGGCAGGUGUUGGCUACAUUCACUGGAAAAGGGCUUGCCAGGCCUCUUCUGCCUCCUCCAUCUUCCCUUCAAAAUGGAUUGAACUUCGCUGUGAAGAGAAUGUGGACACCUUUGACCCUGAAGACACAGGAAGCUUAGAAUAAAGAGGCACAGGAAAGAGAGUACCAGGUCUUUGUAUAGGAAUCCCUAAAGAAGCUUAAACGGUGGAAGCAGUUGUCCAUGAAAGGCUGGAGGCUGGGGAGAAUGAGUAGGGCUAGCCCUUCAAGAGAACUUAAAGCUUCAAGACUCAGCCCUCACCAUAGACAGUUAGAUGGACAGUCCCCUGUUCCUCAGGCCUCCCACUACCCACUUCCUAUUGUCCAGAAGGAUCAUCCUGCCUGGGGAAUCCUGGCUUGCUCUCCAUAUAGCUGACCUACACUAGGAGCCGAGACAAGGACAGGUAGUUAGCUGUUGGCUUCUGGGUUCCUUCCUUGCUCAUCCUUCUAGAAGCUGAAGCUUCAAGGUCUGGCCAAGUGCAGAGAAAAGGAGGCUGAGCUCUGCAUUGGGCAUCUCUGCUACUGUGGACCAUGGGACUUGGCCUUGGGCACAGAGGGCAGUCGGUGCCUGUGGACCUUAGGCCUCCGAGGCAGAGGCUCUCCUCAGUACCAUGGAUUGUACUUGCAGCAUCCCUUCCCUUGCGCCCCCAAAUGUUUGUUGCCAGAGCCCUGCCCAGUAUUGCUGCAGUGUCACUGGGGCCCUUGUAGGGCGUCCUCACAGCCCCUCACUGCCAGACUGAUUAGGAGCAGCUCUAUUGACAGGCCCCAUUACUGAGUGCUUCCCUCUCAGCAUCUCCUGGCUCGGGGCUCUCAACCCUAGAGCCAGCCCAAGGCUGCUUGGCCUCAGAAAGGAAGGAUCUUCACAAAGCAGGAAGGCCAAGGCAGGAAAAGCAUUCCCUUCCUCAACAGAACUGGCCAGCAGGUGGCUGGUGUCCUGACUGAUCUUGGUUGUGUACUGAGGCUGAGCCCAUGUCCCUUCCCUUUUCAGUCAGUGGUGAUCAUGUGAUUUUCAUUUCUGCCCUGUGUGGUCAAGGAAGAACCUUCCAGAAGGUUCUGACUUGGACAUUCUUAAAUCCAAUUCAAAGGCCUCUACCUGUCUUUCCCUCCCUUCUGUUUCCUAAUUACUGCAGUGUCCAGCCCAGUGUUGAACAAAUCAUAGUGUGUAGUGGUCUCAUUACAAACAAAUAAAUCAUUUCACUAGUCUCA